AUGAUAAGUCGCUCAGAAAGAGUGAAAUGUAUUGAACUACAUUCUGAGCUUCCUUGGGUAAUAGUAUCUUUAUAUUCUGGUAAUUUGGCAAUUUACGAUUAUUCUAAUUAAAGCACAGUAAAAACAUUCGAAAACUCCUCAAAUCCAGUUAGAACAGCAAAAUUUAUAGUAAGAAAAUAAUGGAUUGUAGCAGGUUCAGAUGAUUUAUGUAUAAGAGUUUAUAAUUAUAAUACAAUUGAAAAAAUAAAAACAUGGGAAGCACAUUCAGAUUAUAUUAGAAACAUAUUAGUUCAUCCAAACGAACCUUAUAUAUUAAGUAGUUCAGAUGAUGCAAGUAUUAAAAUGUGGGACUUUGAAAAUAAUUUCACUUUAGUUAGAACUUUUGAAGGACAUUAGCAUUAUGUUAUGAUGCUUAAUUUUAAUCCUAGAGAUUCUAAUAUUUUUGCGUCUGCUUCUAUUGAUAAAUCAAUUAAAGUAUGGAAUAUUAUGAAUAAUAAACCUAACUUUUCACUUUUAGGACAUGAAUAAGGUGUUAAUUGUGUAGAUUAUCAUAAGGGAGAGAAUAAUUAUUUAAUUUCAGGAGGGGAUGAUAGAUAAGUUAAAAUAUGGGAUUGCUCUACAAAAUAAUGUAUUCAUACUUUAGAAGGACAUACUUAAAAUAUUUCUUGUGCACUUUUUCAUCCUGAGUUGCCCAUAAUUAUUACUGCUGCCGAAGAUGGUUUUGUAAAAAUUUGGCAUUAAUAAACUUUUAAACUAGAGAGUUCUUUAAAUUAUAAUUUAGAUAGGGUUUGGUCCGUUGAUAUUUGUAAAGAUUCUUCAAAUAUUAUUGCCAUUGGAUGUGAUGAAGGCUCUGUUAUUGUUAAAAUUGGCUCUGAUGAACCUGUUGUUUCAUUGAAGUAAUUUUCAUUUAUUUAUUUAUUUAGUUAUUUUUUUCAAUAAUAAAGUAAUGGUAAAAUGAUUUAUGCUAAAAAUUUAGAUAUGUUCACCGUUAAUUUAAAAGCCAUUAAUAUAAAUGAAGAUAAUACAAAAGAAGGAGAUAAUAUUUAAGGCAUUAAUGCUAAAGAUUUAGGAACUUCUGACUUUUAUCCUGUCGGAAUAAGGCAUGCUCCGAAUGGCCAUAGUUUUGCAAUUUUUAAUGAUUAGGAAUAUUCAAUAUAUAGAUCCACAACAUUAAAAAGCAUUAUGCAUGGAUAAGGUUCAGAUCUGAUUUGGGCAAGCAAUGGUGAUUAUGCAGUAAAGGAUAAUUUUAUAAUAAAAGUUUUUAAGGCAAAUAAUGAAUUAUUAUAUGAAUUAAAAACCAAUUAUUAAGUUGAAAAUUUAUUUGGAGGUCCUUUAAUUGGCGUUAAAAGUAAUGAGUUUUUAAUAUUUUAUGAUUGGGAAACUGGAAAAAUAGUGAGAAGAAUAGAUUCUUAAGUAAAAAAGCUAUAUUGGAGUUAAAAUAAUAAUUUAUUAUGUAUCGCUUCAAGUGAAGAUUUUUAUGUCCUUGAAUAUAAAAAUGAAAUAGUAAAAGAACUUUUAUAAAAAGAAGAAAAUGCAGAAGGUUUCGAGGAUGCUUUUGAACUAUAAUACGAAAUAAAUGAAAGUAUUAAUUCAGGUAUUUGGGUUUAAUAAAUGUUCUUUUUUACUAAUGGAACUGGAAAAAUCUCAUAUUCUUUAAUCGGAAGAACUUUUACUUUUGCAUAUACAGAUAAAAAAAAAAUUAUUGUAGGUUAUGUUUCAUUUUAAAAUCGUCUUUAUUUAUUCGAUAAAUUUUUUAAUAUUUCUUCAUUUGAGUUUCCUUUAAUAGUUGCUUAAUAUUAAAGUUAUGCAGCAAGUGAAGAAAUUGAAAAGGCAUAGGCUUUAAUAGAAAAUAUUGAUAAAAAAUAUUAUGACAAAUUAGCUAAAUUUUUAGAUUCGAUUGAAAAAAAGGAGCUGGCUUUUGAAAUAACUACAGAUAAUGAACAUAAAUUUGAAUUAGCUAUAUAAUUGGGAAAUAUUAAUGAAGCAAAUUUUAUUGCUUAAAAGACUUAAAAUUUAAAUUAAAUGAAAUAAGUAGGCGAUUUAGCAUUAUUUAAAGGUAAUAUAAAUCUAGCAAUUUAAUGCUUUAGAAACUCAGAUGAUCUAGGUAGUCUUUUAUUAAUUUAUUCUUCCUUAGGUUUACAUGAUCAGCUUUAAGAUUUAGCUUAAAAAGCUGAACAGCAAACUAAAAUGGUUGAAUUAAUAUAUAUAUAUUUAUAUUAAAAAUAAAAAAAAAUAAAAUAGAAUAUUGCUUUUUAAAUUAAUUACUAUCUUUCUAAUUUAGAUAAAUGCAUUGAAAUCUUAAUUAAAAGUAAAAGAUAUAGUGAAGCUGCUUUAUUUGCUAAAUCAUAUUGUCCAUCAAGAAUUAGUGAGCUUGUAAAAUUAUGGAAGGAAGAUUUAAUUAAAUAACAUCGUAAUAUUAUUGCUGAAAAAAUUGCUGAUCCUAUAGAUUAUAUAGAAGAAGAGUCAUUCUCUGAUCUUAAAAUUUUGAUGUAAUUGGAAUAAUUCUAUAAAAAAGAUAGAGAAAAUAAUAAAGAUUUGCCAAGCUUUUGUUAUGAAGAAUAUAAUAAAAUGCUUAAUAUUGAUUUAUUUACUGCUCUUAAAAAAGAUCCUUCUAGGAAUCUAAAUAGCAUUUCUUUAAGACCUAAAAAUAUACCUAUGAAUAAUCCUUUAUAUGAUGAGUUUUGA